GAUGUAUUAAAAACUUUGGAUUCCUAUCCCAAAUGGUUUUAAAGUCAACAAUGAAAGAUUGUACAUUUAAGGUGAAUUUACCAAGGAAAAUGGAAAGUUAAGAGUUCUUUAUGGCUAUGAUCAAUAUAUACUAUAAUCAAAAGUAACUCAUUGUUCACUAUUAUAGAAAGCUUCCCAACCUAACAAGUGCUUAAAACUUGAAUUUGAUACAAAAUUUGAAAUUUUGAGAUAACCGAUUCCAAAAAAAGAUGAGGAUGACGAUAGUUUAGGUCCAAUUAUAGGCUUGCAAUUUUUGAGAGAUUGUGUUGAAAAUAUGGUCAAAUUGAGAUUAAAUGCAAAAGUGCAACAAAUAAUUGAAUGGAGAUCCUUUCUUGGAGAAAGAAUUAACUAAUGGUAAUUUCAUAGUAUGUUCAGAGUUUUUAAAAAAAUUGGGAAAGGUAACUUUGCAUCUGUAUUUAAUAAUCUUAUUUAAGGUAUAUCAAGCUGAGAGGAUAGAAGACAACCAAUUAAUGGCUAUAAAAGCAUUUGCCAAAUAGCCUGCCUAUGCUGAAGAAAAUGGAAAAAAUGCUAUAAUAAAUGAAUUGACGAUAAUGAGAAAUCUUAAUAACAUACAUUUAAUGAAACUAUAUGAAGUUUAUGAGACUAAUAAUUCUUUAUAUGUGGCUCUAGAACUCUUGGAAGGCGGAUCAUUAUAUGAUUUAAUUAAGGAUAAAGUCUUAAUUAAUACUAAGCAAAUAUAAUCGAUAAUUGUGGGAAUCCUUUUAGGACUCCAAGAUAUGCAUAGAAAAUAGAUUAUGCAUAGGGAUCUGAAAUUAGAAAACAUAUUAUUCAAGAAACCAAAGUAUGCAAUUAACCAUGUUAUCUAGAAAGAUGGAAUCAGUUGUGAUCGCUGAUUUUGGAUUAGCCACCUAUGUUAAUGAGCCAGUUUACUUAUAUUGUAGAUGUGGAACUCCAGGAUUUGUGGCACCAGAAGUUAUCAACAUCAAGGAUAUGAAAUCCAAAUAUUCCUCCAUCUGCGAUAUUUAUAGUCUUGGAUUAGUAUUUUAUUUAUUGCUUACUGGUAAAUCUGCCUUUAAUGGAAAAAGCUAUUCUACAGUUGUAAAAUAGAAUAGAGAGGCGAACAUAGAUUUCGAUAUCAAAUAGUUAUAGAAUGCUCCUGGGUAUGCUAUAGAUUUACUUAAAUAAAUGCUCGAGCGAGAUCCAAAUAAGAGAAUCAAUGCUGAAAGAUGUCUAAAUCAUCCCUUUUUAUUUGAAACCGCCAAAGAGAUUAUGGAAGCCGAAAAUCAAGAUUAAAAUUUCGAUGAAAUUGAUGAAAGCAUUGAAAUUUAAUCAAUGAUGCAUAAAAUCAACGAUGAGUAAUAUUUAAUUUAUUCUAGAUAUUCAAAAUUCGAUGCUAUCAGAAAUAUGAACUCUCCUUUGUAAUCGCCUAAAUAAUCCCCAGGAUUAGUUAUGUAAAAAUAGAUUAAAUAACAAAAAUAAAUUGAUUCAUAAAAGGCUUUCGGAUCUGAAUCACCAUUAAUUAAGGGGAAAAUUGAGUCUGUCGACAGUGCUUAGACUAUUGGUACCCCAACUAAAAGAUCUAGUAUAGCAUAGCCAUCACCCUAAAUAAAACCAUCGAAAUUUUCGAAACAGGGUCAAAACAACCCAUUAUUAAAAUAUGCUAAAAAUGAUUGA